AUGAGUCGUACACUAUCAUUAUUGGCUGCUUCACUAGCAAGCCUUGUGUAUCUCAUGGAUGCAUAUCCAAGUGGUUCAGCGCCUCAACGACCUAUCAUUAAUGGAGGUCCAGGACUAGCGUUACCACCAUCAGUGAAUCCAUACUUACAAGGUCCAGGACUAGCAUUACCACCACCAGGAGUACUAGGUCCAUAUGUUGGAGGUCCAGGACCAGUAUUACCACUACCAGAAGUACGAGGUCUAUAUGGUGGAGGUCCAGGACUAGAACUACCACCACCAGCAUACAGGCGGCCUUUCAUAGGCGGUCCGGGGCCAAUCAUGUCUGGCUCUGGAGUUGGUAACGUCUGGCAAAGAGCAGAGCAAGCGCGACCACAAUGGCGUUGA